GCAUUACUAAGUCAAAGUGAACUGAUUCUAGUCAACAGAGACUGCUUGCUAUCAACAUGUGUAAAGGACUAGCUGCCCUGCCUGCGACUUGUCUCAAAAGUGCAAAGGAUAUGAAACAUCGCCUUGGCUUCCUGUUGUCAAAGCCAGAUGCAUCGGCAGAUCAUGGCUCAGUGCCCAUCAAGAAGGAGAAGGCAGGUGUAGCUCACAGACUCAGUUGGGAUGAGGUCAAAGAAUGGAGUGAAUCUUUGCAAAGCCUGAUAACUCACAAAAGUGGCCUGGUCAUAUUUUCUGAAUUCCUGCAAUCCGAAUUCAGCGAGGAGAAUAUCAAGUUCUGGUUGGAGUGCGAGGCAUACCGAAGGAACAAGUCAGCUACAAAACUGGCCUUAAAGGCAAAGAAGAUUUUUGAUGAAUACGUUGCAGUUGAUGCUCCCAGUGAAGUGAAUUUGGAAUCUGAGAUCAGAGAAAAGACAAAGAAAAAUAUUCUGGAGCCAACAUCCUCUUGCUUUGAUGAAGCACAAAACAAGAUCUAUGCCUUGAUGGCGAAGGACUCUUAUCCCAGAUUUCUUAAGUCAAAGAUCUACUUGGAUUUACUGAGCCAGGCUCAGGCCAGAACCCAUCCCAAAUGCAGAGAACAAACCCCCUUCUGCUCUGAUCCCCAGCGCUUACGUUCUUAGUGUGCCUGGAAAUACCAGAGUUGCUAUUUAUGUGAUGAUGGUGUUGAAAUAUUCCUUGGAUAACUUAAUCUAAAGCCUACAAAGUUACUGUUGUUGGUGAAAGUUAUCGUAAUUAAAUUUGAUCAAAAGCUGCACUUUAACCCCUCAGAAUGAAGGUCACUUUUUUUGUACAAUUCGAGCAAAAUUUCAUUUUUCUAAUGUAGUUGUAUUAUACUUGUGUUGAAAAGCUGUGCUGUGCCUUUCAUUGUUACCUGGACUGUAAUUAGUCAAAGACUGUUCUCAUUGACGUUGGUAUUCCUCAUCUUUCUCGUAUGUUGUAUUUCCUCAUUACACCUGAGAUCAUUCAGCUCUUCUCAUUUCAGAGCAUCCUCAUGUCCCACUCAUCCAUUUCACUCCCUGUUAGUUACUCCCUCUCAAUUCUCUGCUUGAUUUUCCAACUAUUCACCAAAAACUCUCAGCAAAAUUUAUAGUGACCAAUUAACCUAUCAAUCUGCACGUCUUUUGGUUGUAAGACGAAAGCAGAGCAUCCAAGAGAGAUCCAACUGGUUGCAUGGAGAAUAUGCAAACUCCAUGCAGAUAAUGCCAGAGUUCAGGAUGGACGCCAGGUUACUGGAGCUGUGAAAUGCCUACUAGACAAAUCAGUAUUCAUUCACAUUUGCCGGUUGGAAUCUAUGGAGCUUUCUAUCUUGUCAAUUUUUGUGGGUGGGCUCAGCAUGUGGUCUGUAGUUUUUCAUGAAACAAUUUCAAGAACACCUUCAAGUGCAUGAUCAAAGUACUGUAAAAUGCCAUUGGCUCCAAGAUAUAUUCAAUAUUACAAUAGAUGGAUUGCAUGCCUUACAUUUUGACAACAUAUGGCUGAUCCUUUCUGACAAAAAAAUAAAUGACAUGAUGUGAUCGGUACAGAAGUCACUCUUGUGCUAGUUUGAAAGCAACCAAGUGACAACAGUACUCAUUCCUGAAGCCUGAACUUUCUGCAUCAUGCUCUAUUAAACAAGGUAAAAUCCCUGAUGGGGGAGGAGAAUGGUUUAUGGAAAUAAAAACCUGAAUUGUUUUGUACAUCUGUGAAGAAUAUAUCUGUGUCUAUAGCAGUCAAUUAUUCAAUUUGAUGGUAUCAGAGAAUAAUUUAUUGUACACCAAGAAUAACAAGAAAGUGUAAUUAUUUUUAUAUGCAUUACAUUCAGUAUUGUUGCAUUCUGUGUUUGAGUUACCCUGGCAGGCUGCAUUGGGGUGAAUAUCUGGUAAUCAACAGAACAGCGAAACAGAAAGUUAGGCCAUAGUCAAAAGAGUAUUUAUUCUAUUAUUAUUGAUUAACUUAUGGUGUGUGUGGAAUUUCCUUUUGUUAUGAAUACUUAAAUAAAUUAUGUUUCAUAUUAAAUUGUAACUUGAAAUGGUUAUUGUUUUAACUAACAUGUCAGUUAAAAAAAAUCAUUCAUUGAUGGAGGUGAAUUUUAACUGUGUUCAAACAAUCUCUACUCCUUCCCUGAAAGUGCUAACAUUUUUUGGGGGGUAAGAUUACCCAGCCUUGAAAAGGGGGCUUUGAAAUCCAAAUCUUAUUCAAAUCUGGGGGUGGGCAGUUAAGAAGCAGCUGUGAUUUUUCUGUGACUUCCAUUGCAACUUCCAGGCAAGCCAAGUACCCAGAUAGGGCUGUGCACCAGAGGUGGUGUUACAGUAGUCCGCAAGCAAAAAUGUGCAGCCAAGGGAUUUCUGAACAUUGAUUCCACACCUCAUGAAUUUUCAUCAGGUCAGAAAAGAUCCUUCUGAUUAUUACCAUUGCCCUUCUUCUGUGGUGUCAGACCUUGCGGGAGACAGAGCUACACCAACUCAAAGCAAUGGAGAAGAGCAAAACCCUGCAGUUCUGCCACAGCUGGUUGUGAACAAUUGCACAGUGAAGAGCUGGAGGAAGAAGGGUCCAGUGCUUUCCUGGCAGAUAUGAUGAAUAUAUUCUUCUCAGGCUUCUAGGCAGGUACAGGUAUCAAUUAUAACCUGAAUAUAACUGGCGAAGGAAGCUGCAUGAAAUCCUCAUCCUCACUGCUGUCUGGAGCAGGGACGCUGUGCUGAAGAUGGAGCUGAAGCAUUGACAGCCAUAUUUGGGGCAGCAGCUGUGAAUGUUGCUGCCAUUCACAAAUGUUCACCUAACACUCGGUUUAUGCUAACAAACAGAAUCAUAGUGAGGAAAAAAUGUUGUUUAACAUUUAAAAGCCUAAAAGGUGUGUCUAUACAUGAAAAACAAAAUUACAUUAUUAAAUAUAGCUUUAACCAUUUGGUUCUUCAACCAACCUGCACCAUCCUAAACAUUACCUCAGUAUACCACCAUGACCACUUUAACAACCUUGUACUAUUAUAAACUUUGUUUAUUUUCUUUGUUUUUGUUCUGUUAUUGUCCUUUAUUGUACAAUAUGUGAAUACGUUGUGUUUAAUUUAUGUUAUUUAUAUAAUUUAUAUUUCUUAUAUUUCUAUAAGUUGUAUACAAUUUUUUGUUGUGCCUCUAUUGCUAUA